UUUGCAAAGAAGAAUUUCAUCAUGAAGGCUGCCCUGUUACUCUCCUCCAUCUUUUGCCUUCUAGUAACAGCUAGUAGUUCUCCUAAUUGUCGGACAGUCUCGUACGGCAGAGCAUGCACCGGGCUAUCAGUUACCCAGCUCUCUCUAGCAGGCCAAGUUCUCCUUGUUGGCGGAAACAACUCCAUUUAUUCAUUCGACACCAGCCCGAGACUAGAGGUAAAAGAAUCCUUCUCCAUAGCGCCCAGCAGUGAUAGAAUAUCGCAAUGUAAAAUAGAUACAGUGACCUUAGACUCUAGCACAGAGUGCGGCAAUGUGGUUCGUGUACUGCAGCAAGUUUCGUCUGCAGCAUUAUCAGCUGCGAUGCUCUCCAACGACUCAAUGGAGACGGCACUCAAUGACUCUGUUAUGGUCUGUGGGACGAAUGCCUUCUAUCCCAAAUGCACAUUCCAUAAGAUUUAUAAUUUAUCAGAUUGGAUUGAGUUCGAAACUGGGAAUGCUUUAAUUGGUUUUUCUCCUUAUUCUGUCACUUCAAAGAGCAUUGGGUUAUUGGGGUCUAACGGGAGGUUCUACACUGGGACAAACUUUGGGCGAUUUAGCACGAGUUUUAGAAUCUCAGUUGCCCUUCAUCCUCUUAGAUUUAAUAGGUCAUUUGACAUAAACACGCAUUCAAGCAGUCCUAUCUGGUUCUCCAUCUCCAGUACCGACUUUGUCAGCAUCUACGAGAUCGGAGAUUACAUUUAUGUGUUUCUGAAUGAGCCAGCAGAAGAAGUGGACGAAGGAAAUUCAAUAACUUAUGCACGUGUUGUGAGGUUUUGUAAAUCUGACCCUGGUUUUCUGAUUGGAAAUAUCCCUCCAGUUUUAUUCAGUACUUUUCAGAAAGUCCGCAUUACUUGCUCUUACUCCCGACACAAAUCUUCCCCCAAAUUUUAUUAUGAUAGAAUUAUAUCUACUUACUUGAACUGGCAAAAUGAUUCGACACCAUCCCCAACGCUGUAUGCUACUUUCUCUUCAUCUAUCAAUGGCCCUGAAGGCACAGCUGUUUGUAAGUUUAGUUUUGAUCCAACUGUGACUGGAAACAUUAACUCCCUGUUUGACAGUGAUACCCAAAUUAAAUAUUAUGUAACUGGGUCUUCUACUACACUGGCAGAAGAAAUGGAGAAUGCAUUCGUCUGUCCUGGAAAGUCGGGACGACAACGUUCUGAAUCCGAGUCUCAACGUCAUCAGUUGUUAGUUGGGGAAGUUGAAUCCUCUGCUAUUUUAACAAGAGAUGGACAAACAUUCACAUCAAUAGUAGUCGAUAUGUUCAAAUACAAUAACUCAGUUUAUGAGGCAGUAUAUGUAGGCACUAAAGAUGGAAGGAUAUUUACAUCAGUUUUUUCUAAUGGCAAACUAUUCAAGACAUUAGAUGACAUCAAGUUAAGCAAUGAGUCAGUAAUAGAGAUGUUACUCAGUAUCUCAAAUGAGACUAAGAUACGAAGGAUCUAUGCAAGUACUGAGGGUCUAGUUGCUGACGUGACACAUGGAAAUUGCUCAAGAUACAUGACAUGCAUGGAAUGCUUGGAAUCCCGUGACCUGUACUGUUCCUGGCAGAAUGGCUCCUGUAUUAACAAAUUACUGAGUAAAGCUCAAGAAGCCAUGAAUCCUCCAUCAAAUACACUCGAUUAUUGUGCUCCACCAAACAGUGCAAGUAGUACAAGCAUUAGCAUAGUAUUUGUACCAUCUUCAAGUAAUAUUCCAUCAAAAACAGUCAGAACCAUUACUGCCUCUACUACUGUAUCCACUUCUUCCACUAGAAAUGCUGUUUCUAGCACUCCCAUAGUCACCGUCACUCGUACCACUUUAGUCACCACCACUCGUAUCAUCUUAGUCACCACUGAACCUGUCACUAGUACCUUACAUGCACCUACUGUUCAACCCACUAUAGGCUCUGUUGGUACUACAACUAUGCCAUCAGUAGGUGAGAUGGUAGGAGGAGUCAUUGGCGGUUUACUAGUCGGAUUCAUAAUAGGAUCCAUUAUAUGCUUCGUUGGACUAGCAGUAAAGAGAAAACUAAUGAAACCCGAGGCCGUAUCGACAAACGAAACCAGUAAUGGCGGAAGCACAGUGACAGAGAGAAGACCAAGACAUAGACAAGGCUCAGUCGGUCAUUAUACAAUAACAGUAGACCUUCCUGGGGGUGGACAAGAGGAAAUAAAGGUUAUAGAAGAAGAAGACACCGGAAACGAGAAUCUUUCCCCUCCCUCUCCCUCAGUCGUUGUUAUUGAUAGUGAGCUUGAGGAUGAUGUGAUUACUGAUCUACCUAUCCCUGGAGUUAGUUCAAAUCAUAAGAACAAGAGGGGAGUCUCUGGUAGAGAUAGAGGGAGAACAGAGUCCACAAGAUGGCUGAGAGCAAGCGAGUCCGAAGCAAGCACAAAUGGAACAGAAUCCCCACAGUCUCCGUGAUGACAUGUAUGUGUAUUGUAUUCAUUGAUUUUAAACUAUUAUUAUUAUGUUGUUGUUACUGUUAUUAUUAAUAAUAUUUAUCAUUAUCAUUUUUAUCAUCAUCUUUUUUAUUCUGGAUUUAAUUCUAGACCUGUUGUAAUUUUACACUGGUAGCUUUCAAUAGUACCAAUUAUGAAAUUUAUUUGAAAGUUA